AGAUUGUGAGGAUUUUCAUAACAUAUUUUGCAUUCUUUCUGAUUUUCUUAUAAUCAGCAAAUCAUUUUCAAAUCAACCAAAAUUUGCUGUAAAAAAAUGUAAAAAAGUAUAUAUAUUAGGUAUUAGAAGAAGAAAAAAUUAUCAGAAAUGGAUGAUGGAAUUCUUUCUCUCCGCUGGAACAACCACUCCUCAGCUUUUGUCCACUGCCUUGCAACAUUACUCCAAAAGGAUGUGUACAGCGAUGUGAUUUUGGCAUGUGACAGCCAUUUUUUCCCAGUUCACAAGUUGGUUUUAUCAGUGUGUAGUGAAUAUUUUGAAGACAUUCUUGGGAGAACAACAUGUGCAAAACCUGUCAUUAUUCUAAAAGACAUUCGUCACACCGAUUUGCAAGCAUUGCUUAGCUAUAUGUAUGCUGGUGAGGCCAGUGUGCCUCGGAAUGACUUGGCUCGAUUCAUGAAAGCUGCCGAGUGCCUAAAAAUCAGAGGCCUUGCUGUUCCUGAUGAAAGCCCACCACCUCAUGAGAAAAAGCGGCCAGCAGUUGAAGGACCUUCUGAUUUACAUGCAUUCAAGAAACGCCGAGCAGGUGUUGCCAGUGUCAGUCAGGAGAAAAUUGUUGUCAAUGAUGUUGUUGCUCGAGUGAAUGAUGUUGAAGAGGUGACUCUGAUAAAAAGGGCUCUUCCUAUUCACACUAUUAAUGUCUCCAAUGCCAUGACUAUAACAUCAAGCACUCGUGCUUCAGUACACACCAUAGAAGAGAAUGUUCAUCAGACUCCUGCAGCUCACACCAUCAGUGCAACUCAUGCAACCAUACUGCAUCCUCAACAUGUCAUUUCUCCAGCAUCUCAGUCUCAACAUGCUCUUACCAUCAACCAGCCUGUGCAGUACCAGGACCACCAACAGCAUAGGUUGAUUCGGGAUGAUGAAGUUUGCUCUGUUAGUGAAGAAGUUUUGAUUUCUCAUGCUAUUCCUGAGGUGCUGGUGGAGGAAUGUGCAGUGGUAAAGGAAGAAAUGGAUGGUGUGAAAGAAGAAAGCAGUCGAGGAUGUAACAGCGUACCCACCACGGAUGGCGGACACAGUGAGGGCGAAGGAGCUCUUCCUGACGACGAAGACGAUGAAGAAGAUGACGAGGAUGACGUGGGAUCUCAGCCCCACCAUACAACUGCUGGAGCUACAACUGUUACUGUGGCCACGUCAGGGGGAGCUCUCAUGCAUGAUCUCCUUGCAAUCCCUGGCACUUCAGGAUCUCACCAGGAAACUCUGGUGACUUGGGACAGUGCCACUGGCUAUGCUCUGGAAGGAUUCAUUUCUGAGGAAGUGAGGACUCAGCAACAUCAGCACACGACAAAUGCGAGCAGCACAAACAUAGGACUGGAGGGAAGCUCGAGCAGCAACGCCGGCGGCACCGGCACAGUAACGGUCAUGGGAUGCCCGUUUUGCCAGAGAGCUUUCAUGUACAGAUCUGAUCUGAGUCGCCACGUGCGCACGCACACGGGCGAGCGACCGUACACGUGCCCACACUGCCCGUAUCGCGCGUCCCAGAAGUCGCACCUGCUGGAGCACGUCAAGCGUCGUCACCGUCCCGUGGUCGCGACGAGCAGCUCUUCGUCGUCUGCAACCGUCGUAACGUCGCCAGUACCUGCCUCGUCAUCGAGCACGAUUGUGGUGCCCGGGACCCUGGUUGUUCCAGCAGCAUCCGUUUUGCUCAGCACUCCAGUCAAUAUCAGUAGCAGUAACAAUAGCUUGAAUAACAAUGUAAUUACAAGCAGCAAUAACAACAACGGGGUGCAGUACUGCAGCACUUCGCACCCUACCAUUCUGCACACACCCAGCCACAGUACGACUGUCGUGCCGACCGUGUCCAGUGCUCACGUGAAUCAAAGUCUCCCUCACGGCACGCUUUACAGUGCACUGCACCACCACAGCGCCACUGCACAGCUGCUUGACAGUGCUGUGCAACAGGUUCCUGCUACUGUACAUAACAACAUCUUGCAGUUGCAGCACAUAACUGCGUGCAGCACAACCAGCAGCAGCAGUAACAGUAGUAGUAGCAGUAGCAGCAGUACACAUCAGACACAUGAUCUAAGUACACUGCACACUCCAUGCUACUCAUCACAUCACUCGAGCCUGCCAUCACACUCCACUCCUUAGGAUAUCGAUGUCUGGUACGCGCGUCCUGAUGGACAAGCACCCGCUGAAGGGAUCAUCCAUCGCAUACAUUAAAACCGAAUAAUCGUUGAUUUAUUUCUUUUUUUUUCUGAGAACGGAAUGUGAUGCAAGAUCGAAUUCAUGCAUCAGAGAGUGACAGGAUUUUUGUCUCGCGUAGUAGUUUGGUGACUAAUUAGUUAUAUGAAACGUUUGUAAAUUAUGAAGUGAUCUUCAAGUUUAUUCGAAAAAGUAAGUUGGUUUUGUUGAGACAUGAUUUCAAUGUUGUUUGUACAGACUUGGUGUUAUUAUCACUGUUACGGUGCCACGUUUCUAGCACGAGUUGUCAUCUCACAAUCUUCAAACCUCACACGGAAUUUUUUCAUUUAUUUCUAUUUGGGCGACGUUCAUUUCUUUUGGUUGCAAAUCUCCAAAGCUUUUUAAUUGCUUCUUUUCACUGCGUUUCUCAGGUAAUCUAGUUUUGAGCGUAUUUAAGUCGCCAGUAUGGAAUUGUCGAAUUGAGUGAUGUUUUUCGUUGAUGUCAUAGUUAAGCAUUAUAACAAACGUAGCUGCUUGGUCUUGUCUUCAUUUUAAUAAUAUACCUACUUAACUUAUUUUUGGCAUGGUCUGUGUGACCAUGUUGACCUGUAUUUUACCUGUAAUAUAAGUAGCCGGUGCACUGUAGUGCCUCAGGUCUUGUAGCUCGUGAGUCUGUCCAAAGAAUAAAUACCGAUGCCAAAGUGAUAGAGAGUGAAGGCGACCACUGUCUCGUCGAAGGCAUCGCAAUGAUGUUCAGGCAUUGCGAUGAUGCCGUUUUUUAUCCCAUGUGUACCACAUUCUAAUUUUAUGCCUACAAGUUUGACUGAAGACCAGAGAAUGGACUUUAUUGACAAUUUUCUUGU